AUGAUAAUCGACCUGAAUAAGAUCUUCCUCCUCCUAGCUGCCGCCAGGAUCAUUCGUGCCAACGAGAUGCGUGUGAAGUGGAGAAAUCCGGUAACAGAUUCUCCGGCACCGACUCCCCUCCCAUACUAUAUCUGCGACCCAUAUCGGCAAAUAUGCGGCAAUGGCGAUCCAAACAAGAUUACCAAAUGCAGGAUAAAUGCGUUGCACUGA